UGCUCCUCCCAAACCACCUCUUCAGUUUCCGCCGCGCCUCCGUUCCCAACAGCUAGCAGGAAGCCGCGAGGUCGCGCCAUACCAGCGAGCGUGCUCCUUGUAGAAGAAGAUCUUGCCAGCUCUUGGUGAUCGAACAUUGAUCGUAGCAGCAGGGGAGCGAUCUCCUCCCAUCCACAGCGGCUUGUUCCUUGUUAAUUUGGUAAAUCGCAGGAUAAGAGACGAGAGAGAAUGGCAUUGAGGCGUCCAUUGGGAUUGUCAAAUGGGGAGUUGAUGCGAUCAGACUGCAAGCCUUGCACGCGUUUGAUGCGACACACAGCUGGCAUCUUCAGUGUUGGUGGUGCCCUUUCAUUUUGGAUCCUUUGUCGUAUCCACUACGGUCCACGGAUAACCAUCCCACGAACUCUUCGGUGGGCUUCAUGUGGUGCAAUAGCGGUGAGUUCCUCGUCUGCUCUGCUUGUUCGGCUCUUUAGUCCAGAAUGUGAACCUCAAAACAUUGCUGCUGUUCAACUCCCUAAGUGAGCUUUCGACUUCUCCGGCGGAAUGUCUCACUUAUCCUUAAAAUUAAGGACAUGCGAAUUGAACUCUUAAAUGAUUGUCAAUUGUGGUGUGAUAUUUAGACGGUGACUUCCAGACCCAUGCAAAUUGAACUUCAAGUCGAAUGUAUGUUGAGCAUUGCAGUCCUGGAAAUAACUUAAUCGACGAUCCUUAAGCUCCCACCAAAAGGAUCUUUAAAGUACACAAA